UUUCAAUCAACCAAAAUCUUCCAAUUGUUCAAUCAUGGGUUGGCUGUUUGACGCAAUGUACGCGUUCUACACGUCGUCCGCGGGCUACUACUACCACCGCUACCAGCUGCGCAAGGCGGCCAAAACUGGCGGUCCGAUCAUCGACCCGUUCGAGUAUCCAAUCCCAGGCGGACUGCACACGGUGCUCGUUGUGCCCAACAGGAAGGACAACUACACGUAUGUCGUUCUGAACAACCAGACGCGAGAUGCGGUGGUCGUCGACCCGGCAGACCCGGCGUCCAUUCUGCCAGCCAUCGAAAAGGCCAAUGUCAAGGUGCUUGCAGUCCUCACAACUCACAAGCAUCACGACCACUCUGCUGGCAACUGGGACAUGGCACAGCACUUCCCAGGCGUUGCCAUUGUUGGCUCACCGACGGACAACAUUCCGUCCCUGACCCACCCCGUGUCGCACGGCGAUGUUUUGACCAUUUCCAGUGCGGGCGUGCACGUCGGAGCGCACGAAGCAUCUGUCACUCCGCCAGCGCUCGUCAUUCAUUGCAUCUCAACGCCAGGACAUACUCCUGGCCACAUCGUCUAUCAUUUGCAACCAGCAGCGCCUGAACACCCCGGAUCCAUCUUUUCCGGCGACUGCCUCUUUGUUGGCGGCUCUGGCCAGAUGUUCGAGGGCACCCCCGCUGACAUGUACCUGGCCAUGGAGCGCCUGCGAGAGUUGAGUGGCUCGACGCUUGUUUGGCCUGGUCACGAGUAUGCGAGCCCCAAUCUUGACUUUGUCGCCGUUUUGGAGCCCAGCAACGCACAAGCUGUGGAGGGAGCCGUCAAAGCAAAGGAGCGGCUCGCUCGGCGCGAAGGCUCCAUCCCGUCAACCAUCACUGAUGAGUUGGCUUGGAACCCGUACUUUCGCGUGCAUGCCGGCACAUUUGACGCUCUGGUACUGGUACCAGGCCAGCCUGAAGCGAUCCGCCAACACCGCGUGGCUGUCCUGGCAGAGAUUCGUCGACAGAAAAAUGUGUUUUCGCCAGGACUGACUGGAGGAAACUAGAGCAUGCGCAAUGAUGUUCGACUGCAGUUGGUUGAAGCGAUAAACGGGAGAAUAAAAAAUGCAUUGAAAAUAACAUGG